AUGAUCGAAUCACUUCCGUCGAAACCAGUUGAAUUAGCAAUUCCCCUGAAGAAAAACCAAGAAGCCAAUCUUUUAUGGGCUGUCAUUGCACUUACUGAAAUGGCCAAAACAGACCAGGUUCGAUAUGUGGAUUUCUGGCACUUCCUUUCAAGAAAGCAGAAGCUCUGCUUAAACGAAGCGGCCUUCCGUGAAACCCAGAGAAUCCUCCAAUGCACCUCCCUUUGGUUCCAGUCGUCAUACUUUCGUUUCAGGUACCAGCGGAACCCGAUUCCUCGAAGCGUCUAUAGAGGCUACUUCAGUAUCGAGAUGAAGCCCAAGAUUGGAAUCAACGUGUUGCUUAAGGAAAUGGACUUGGUGAAGAUGGAGGAUUCCAUGAAAAACACGCUCCUCAAAGUCAAGAUGCUGAACUUUGGCAGCGACAUGAUCACACUCAAACCUGCCAAGCAGUGCUAUGUCGAAGCAUACAAGGAAAUACUUCCCCUUUUUGACAAUACGUUGCAUUGCACAAGCAAGGGAAACAUCACCAUCAACGUGAUCAAGGAGCCGGUGCCUGUGCUUCUCUUCUUGCGUACCCCGUUGGAUCCAAAAUUGACCAUCAAGCUGCUUCUCACGAUACACGACGAGUUUGAGUACGAGACGAGAACACCACAGGAGUACUUUGUGCUUGUGUUAUUCAGAUCAAACAAAAGACCCAAACCUUAUUGCACGAAACGGUCGUCGCUCUGCUACUUGACACCGCCUUUGCAGGACCACAGAAAGCCCAAGGUGUACCAUCCUGAAAAGAAGCCCAAGCCGGUGGUUCAAAAAUCAGAAGAUAAGGAUGCAAUUGAGGAGAAGAAUGUCAAUGAUGAUCUAGUCGAGAAGGAGGCAGUUAAAGCACCUCCCGAAAGCGCUGGACAAGAUGAGUUCUACGAGGCCGAGGAUACCACCGAAGAGUCAGAAAAAGCAGUUAUAGAGCAAAGGCGGGAAGAUCCAGGACAGGCUGCACCACCGCCUCCAGUAGCUUCUGAGCCUGGCUUCUUUCGAAGUGCACUUGACUUGUUUCGGCGCAAUCUUCCAUCGCAAGCAGCUCCGAGUUUGAUUGCAAACGGCUUACCCGAUAGGAUUCCGCCAGCGCCAACGAGAACCCUUAAGAGGUAUAAGAAGCAGCUCCUCAAGGUGAAGCAAAAAGGGUCGAAGUGA